CCUCCCAGCAGAUCGGGCCGGACCAGAGAUAAUGAGCCAUAUAAGGACAUUAAAGUGUAACAUGUGGUUAAUGUUGCUGCUGUUGUUAAAGAAUAUUUCACAAUGGUACGAGUUAUAACUCAAGAUACAUUUGACGAAGCUGUGAAAGAAAAUAUGGAAGAAUUUGACAUGAAUCCAGAAGAAGCAGUUCAAGAAGCUGUGGAACAGUUCGAGGCUCAGGGUGUUGACUUGAGUAACAUCAUGAAAGAAGUCAUAUUGGAUAAUAGUCCUACUGCUUCAAGAAACAAAUUGACUGCAUCAUUGGAUAACAUGGGUAAACUGAUACAGAACCCCUCUGGAAAUGAAAAGGCUAUUAUUAAAGAGUUACAGGAAUUAAAAGAUGAAUGUGACAAAAGCAUUGCACACCGGGUUCUUGCAGGGUCAUUCGGAACAUAUAGUGUGUUAGUUGAUGUACUGGAAUUGUUUCAGUCAGUUGAUGAGGUCUCAACUAAAGCACUUAGUGCAAUCUCAGCGUUGAUGUCAGGAAACCCAGAUCUCUUGGACAAGCGGGGGAUUGAAAUUAUGAUUAAGUACUUGGAUCAUGAGAGGAAUGUAGACAUACAAAAUAAAGUUUUGGAAUGGGUGAAAGUGUGCUGCAUUAAGCAUGAACAAAAUCGUCAAGAGAUAUUCAACAUGAAAAUUCCUACAAGGUUGAAAAUGUUGUUGGACAAGGAUACUACGCCAGUAACAGUGAGGCAUGUGUGUGGUGUCAUGAGAGCUCUUGUGCUGGAUGAUGAUAUUCGAGUGCACUGUGGAAAGUUUCAUGAGCAUGCCAGAGAAUUAGCUGCAGAGAUUCUAUGUACGUUGACAGAUUUAUUAAGAAAAUUUAAAGAUGACCGAGAGACAGUGAGUGAUGUAAUUCUCACCUUGACAGCAUUGAUUGUGAGGAAUGAAUUUUGCGAGAAGGUGGACAAAGCCGGAGGCAUAAUAUUCAUUAUGGAUGUUUUUGUCAACUACCCUGCUAGUGAGAAGCUGAAUACGCUGUGCCUGAAGCUGGUGAAAGGGCUUGCAGGUAAUGAUGAUGUAAAGGCUAGGAUGGUGAAGCAAGGGAUUGCACCCCUCAUCGUAUCAGCACUGCAUCGGCAUGAGACUUCUGCCGCACUUGUGGGCGCAGGCUGUACUGCUAUUACUGCCUUGAGUUUACGAAGUCCUACUAACAGCAAAAGUCUGUAUGAUGCUGGUGCUCCAGAAGUUAUUUUGCAAGGCAUGAAGAUUCAUGUUAAAGAUUCUUCUGUUCAGAAACAAGGCAGCUGGGCCAUCCGAAACAUUGUGUCCCAUAACAAGAUGUUGUGCCAAGGGUUUCUGAAACUAGGAGCCGAGGAUAUCCUAAGGACUGCUCUGAAGUUACAUCGUGCUGAGUGUGAUUAUGAUGCCAGAGCAGCUCUCAGAGACUUGGGUUGUGACACAGAACAGUUGUAACAAUGAUUAGAAAGUCUCUGUUCUGAAUUUUGUUGAAGUGGCUUUGCAAGGACAUUUAACAAGAA